UCUUAAGCCGUUAGUUCUGAUGGCAGUGACUAGCAUAAAGUCCUGGGUAGGUAGCCACUUCUCUUUGAGUCCCCUUCUUCUCCCACCUGCAGCCAAAGCUUUCAAAAAUGAUCCCCUAUCCUUUGCUCUUUCUAGCUUUCCUACACCUAAGGAUAGUGCUAGGUGCGCUAUCCCUAGAUGAACUCGCCCCCAAAAUCAACCAUCUCCGGUCCCAACGUCGCUCAAAACCUCUCCAUGAAGUGGAGCUAGUCUCCCCCUCUCGUCUCAAGCUUCUAAACACCUUGGAGCCCGAAAGACGGAGAACAUACAGCUUGAACUGGGCCGGCGCGGUACUCCACAACCCAGCCCCAAGCGCAGCAUACACCUACGUCUCGGCAACCAUAACUGUCCCAACUCCAACUCCCAGCCCAAGCGACAGCACUACCUACCAGGCUGCUUCUGCUUGGGUCGGCAUUGACGGCGUUACCUCCACGAAUGCAAUCCUACAGACCGGCUUUGACUUGUACGUCAUAGAGGGAAACCCACUCAUCGAUGCGUGGUACGAAUGGUAUCCAGGUUUUGCCCGAUACUAUGCGGAUUUCACCGUGAAUCCAGGGGAUGUAAUUGUGGCUUCUGUCAAUGUAACUGCGCCGGAUCAGGGAGUGUGUCUGAUUCAAAAUCAGAGCACCGGGGAGACAGUGUCAGAGACAGUCUAUGCGCCAGAUAGCUCGGCGACAGUGGUUGGGUGGGACGCGGAGUGGGUGGUAGAGAACUUUGAUUCGGACGGGGCGCCCGCGCCGCUUGUGUCGUUCGAUCCGAUUCGUUUUGAGAAAUGCGCUGCCUAUGUUGGUGGUGUUGGGCAUGGAUUGGAAAAUGCCACGGUUUAUGAAUUGGUCAAAAAUAAUGUGGUUGUGGCUGGUGUCAAGGUUGUGCAGGACGACAUGGUUAUUACGCGCUUUGGGGUCUGAUUGUCAAACAAUCAAUCGGGCACCUUAUUAACUUGCAACUUUGCCUCGUUUUCUAGUAUGCUCCCCGAAAUUGCAGAAGAUAUACGUGAUAUACAAAAGAAGGAUGUGUUGGUCGAUUCGCUUACACUCGUAGCAAAUGCCCACCAAUACAUCAGUAUG